GAGAGAGUGUGAGCGAGAGGGAGGGAUGACGAGAGAGAGAGAGAGAGAGAGAGAGAGUGCGAGCACCCGCCAGCAUCCCGCGUGAAGCCCGUAAAGUGGGGAAGAGGAGGACAAAGAAGAGGAGGUGCGAGAGGAGAGAGAGAGAGAGAGAGAGAGAGGAGGGAGGAGGAGGAGGAAGACGACGAGCAGCCUUCCCUCAAAGUCAACAUUUCUCUACUUUUGAUACUCCUUUUCGCGCCGGACGGAGCGCCGCCUAGGACAUCCUUGCCCGCCCUAGAUUUACAUCUCUUCAUUUGAUGUGUGUGUUUUUUCUUUGUGCCUGUAUUUUUUAAUGACAAACAGGAAACACACCAGCGGAUGAUCCGCGGCGGUCCCGUCAAAAGAGGGGAGGAGGGCGACCGUCCCGCGGAUGCGCACGACUAGACAAUCAAGAGGUCCGGAGUUCAGCUUAUGGAUUCACCCGAAGACACGGCCCCAGACCUGGCUUUGAGGCACGGAUCUGCGUGAACACCCGGCACUCCCGGCGGCACUAUGGUUAAAGUGCACGCCCGGACCAUUCCCCAAAAGCAGCCCCUGAAACCGGAAGCAACAAAAGAACAGCGUCCCGAAUCCCCGGGGACCAUCUCCAGUCGUCUAUUCAUCCGCCAGUGAAAGUCAACCGAGGAUGUCCGACGUUUCCCUAUGAUCGGCGCCCCAUGCGCGUCCCCCCUCCGCCGAGUCCCGACCGCCGCCCCGUCUGCCAUGCUCCUUCGGGUCGCGCUCUUGCUGCUGCGUUGCUCGGCCUCCGCGCUGGGGGGCCAGUACGAACUGUGCAAGUCCCUGGUGAGCACGGAUGACGGUUCCGUGUGGGAGCAAUACGCGUGCCAGCCCCGGUCCGAGUCCAUGAAGGACUACAUGAGGAUCAAGGUGGACCCGCCCGGCAUCACCUGCGGAAACCCGCCCGAGAGGUUCUGCACCCUGGAGAACCCAUACCUGUGCAGCGAUGAAUGCGACGCCUCCAACCCAGACUUGGCGCACCCUCCUCAGCUAAUGCAGGACCGCGAACGCAACGGUCUGCUGACCUACUGGCAGACCGUCACGUGGAGGCGUCACCCGGAGCCCCUGCUGGCCAACAUCUCCAUGUCGUGGAACAAGAGUCUGGAGCUCACGGACGACAUCCACGUCACCUUCGAGUACGGCCGGCCGACCGUCAUGGUCCUGGACAAGUCCAUGGACCACGGCCGCUCCUGGCAGCCGUACCAGUACUACGCCGACGACUGCCUGGACACCUUCAACAUGCCGGCAAAGCGCGUGCGCGACCUGACAGCCGCCAACAUCACCCGCGUCAUCUGCACUGAGCAGUACUCACGCUGGGUGGGCUCCAAGAGCCACAAAAACGUCACGUUGGAGGUCCGGGCGCGCUUCGCGGUCUUGGACAGCCUGUACACGCGCAUGGAGAGCAUGAAAGGACUGAGGGACUUCUUCACGUUCACCAACCUCAGGCUGAGGCUCCUCAGGCCCGCCCUGGGAGGCACGUACGUGCAGCGGGACAACCUGCUCAAGUACUUCUACGCCAUCUCCAACAUCGAGGUGCCUGCCAGGUGCAAGUGUAACCUCCACGCCUCCCAGUGCCUGCUGCAGGACGGCAACCUGCAGUGCCAGUGUGAGCACAACACCACGGGCCAGGACUGCCAGCGCUGCAAGAAGGGCUUCAAGGCCAAGUCCUGGAAGGCCGGCUCCUACCUGCCCCCGCCCAACGGAACCCCCAAUACCUGUACGAUUGCUGGUUCGCCCUCCGGUUCUAUGUCUCACACACUUGAGGAACAUGUCAUUCACGGCCACAGAGACACUUUGUCAUCUGAACUCGAAGACAAACACCGAAGAGUUUCCGGUCUUCAUGAGACUCGUGGCCACGACGGGAUGGCAGCGUCAACUGAGCAUGAGACUCAAAGAGCUGAAGUGUUAGUUUCUCCUGUGCUUCAGGAACGUGACCCUCACGGCAACAAAGCCACUUUCUCAUCUCACCAUAAGAACCAUGGGGAGGCGCCCAAUAAAAAACGAGUUGAAAGUGAAGCCUCAAUUGCACUUGAGGAACAUGACACUCAUGACCACAGAGGCACUUUCUCAUCUGAACACGAGGAUGACAAACAUAGAAGAGUUUCCGGUCCCUAUGAUACUCAAGGCCAUGCGAUGACAACCCCAUCUGAGCCCGACCAUCAAAGAAGAGCCGAAGUGUUAGUUUCUCACAUGCUUGAAGAACAUGAUGAGACUCACGGCCACAAAGGCGCUUUCUCAUCCCACCGUGAUGACCAAGAGGAGGUUCCCAAUGAAAGACGAUUGGAAAAGGAAGUCGCUCACAUGCUUGAGGAACACGAGACUCAAAGCCACAUAGGAACGUUCUCAUCUGACCACGAGGAAGAAAAACAUAGAAGAGUUUCUGUUCCUCAUGAGAAUCAUGGCCACGGGACCACAACCUACCCUGAGCCUGAGAGGGAAAGCAUAUUUGGGGUGUUAGUUUCUAAUGUGCUUGAGGGACAUGAGACUCAUGGCCACAAAGGCACUUUUUCACCUGACCAUGAUGACCACAUUGAGGCUCCCAAUGAAAUCCGAGCUGAAAGUGAAGUCUUUCACGCACUUGAGGAACAUGAGCGUCAUGGCCACAGAGGCAUUUUCUCAUCUGGACAUGAGGAAGACAAACACAGAAGAGCUUCCCUUCCGCAUGAGAAUCAUAGCCCUAGGUCAACAACCUCAUUUGAACACGAGAAGGAAAGAAGAGAUGAAGCAUUAGUUUCUAAUGUGCUUGAGAAACAUGAGACUCAGAGCCACGAAAGUACUUUCUCAUUGGAGCAUGAGAACGAUGGACUGGCAAGGGACAAAGAAAGAGUGGCUGAAAGUAAAGACAGACCUUUGAUUUCCCACAAGCAUGGGAAACAUGAGACUCGUGGGCAAAAAGGUGUUUUCUCAUCUGAGCAUGAGGAAGAAGUUGAGGAAGGAGGCAGCCAAAUGAGAGUUUUCCACAAGUCGGUGAGACAUGGGCAUGAGACUCAUGGCCACAGUACUUUCUCAUCUGUGCAUGAGAACAAAGUGGAAGCUUCCCACAGGUCUGUGGGUUACGCACGUGAGAGUUAUGGGCAUCAUGGCCAUUUGCCAUCGAAGCAUGAGAAUGGCAGACAGGAUGAGGAAGAAGAGAGUCAAAUGAGAGUUUCCCAUAGCUCUGAGAGACACGGGCAUGAGACUCAUGAACAUCGUGUUUCCUCAUCUGAGCAUGACAACGGCAGAGCAGGUGAGGAAGAAGACAGAGUUCUUUUUAGAGUUGGACAUUAUGGAAACUUGCACUUUUGUUUUGUCCAUGACAUACUAGUUUCCCACGGGUUUGAGGGACAUGGACAUGAGAGUCAUGGGCAAAGUACUUUCUCAUCUGUGCAUGGAAAUGACAGGGAAGUUCCGCGGAAGGCUGAGAGACAUGAGCAUGAGACUGAUGGUCACAAUGGUCAUUUCUCAUCUAAGCGUGACAAUGACAGGGAAGUCUCCCUCAGGUCUGAAGGACAUGGGCAUGAGACUCAUGGCCAAAGUAGUCAUUUCUCAUCAAAACGUGAGAAUGGCAGACAUGGUGAGGAAGAAGAACACCAAAGUCAAAUGAGAGUUCCCUACAAGUCUGAGGGACAUGUACAUGAGACUCAUAGCCACAAUGCUCGUUUCACAUCUGAGCAUGAGAACGCCAGACAUGUUCCCCACAAUUCUGAGGCACACGGACAUGGCGCUCAUGGUCAGGGUGACCAUUUCUCAUCUGAGCAUGAGAAUGACAAGAAAGUUCCCCACGAUUCUGAGGGACGUGUACACGAGACUCACGGCCACAGUGGUCGUUUGUCAACUGAGCGUGAGAAUGGCAGAAAUGUUCCCCACAAUUCUGAGGCCCCUGCUCGUGAAACUCAUGGACACGGUAGCCACUUGUCAUCUGAGCACGAGAAUGGCAGACACGGUGAAGAAGACGACAGCCAAAUGAGAGGGCUCCUGAAACUCUUGAUGUCAGGCCAGCCCGGGGCCAGACAUUUGUUCGGAAUCAUAUAUGAUCAUUUCGAAGACUGUGAAUGCUACGGCCACUCCAACCGCUGCAGCUACCUCGAGUUCCUGAAAAUUGUCACGUGUGUCAGCUGCAAGCACAACACCAGGGGCCAGAACUGCCAACACUGCAGACUGGGAUACUUCCGCAACGCCUCUGCUGAGCUGGACGACGAGAGCGUCUGCAUCGAGUGCAACUGCAACCAGAUGGGUUCCCUCCACGACCGCUGCAACGGCACGGGCUUCUGCCAGUGCAAAGAUGGCGCCGCGGGGGCCAAGUGCGACCAGUGUCUGCCGAGCUACCACUGGAAACAAGGAUGCUACCGUGAGUGGCCCAAAAGAAAAAGGACGGGAAAACCAUGCCGACAUCCAACGUUUGCGACGAGGAGAUGCUCCUGUGCCAGAACGGCGGGACGUGCCACCAGAACCAGAAGUGCACCUGCGCCCCCGAGUUCAAGGGGGUGCUGUGCCAACAGCCGCGCUGCGAGUCGGGCAAGGACUGCAACGGCGCCGCCGCGCGGCGGCCCUCCGCCGCCGCCCUGCUGCUGUGCGCGCUGCUCGCCCGCCUGCUGGCCGCGCCGCCGCCCCGCUGAGCGAGCGGCGUCCACGCACCGCUCCCCAAAACUUGGGGAUGUUUGGCUUGGGGCGAAGUUUCAAGACUAAGCUCCGAUGCACUAUAGCCUUCACGCGAUGAAUUAAUUUGACUAAAAGCUUUUAAUACUUGGCAAAAGCAAAUGACUCGCAUCAUCCUCCCAAACGCUUCCUCGGCGAGCCACGAGCGAUACGAUACCAAAAAAGCGAUGAGCAGCGUAAAAGGCGGGAAACAACAACUGACACGAGUUACUAACAGGCGGGAAAUAAUCUGCACGCCUUUACCUUCGUGGCUGACCCGUUCCUUCUGCGCCAUUCUGACAAAACAAGCUCACUCAAAUGUACAUGACAAUUUUCACUCAUUACUGUCGAAACAAAACAAAUCGAAAACAUGCCGAGCUUCAAUCUUGAGGCAACACGACGCCUCACCGCUCCCGCCAAGUGAGGAGGAGGAAGAGGCGACAAUCCCCACACAGUUGAGCGUUGAAGAGAGUUAAUCGAUUUCUUCUCAAGCCAUUUGCAACUAUUUCCAUUGGUUAAAAAUGCGUCCAAAUCAAAGAUGACGUGGGGACAGGCCAAUCUUAUCGAUUUGUGGAAAAACAUGGACGUACGAGGUUUCCGCCCAACAGUGAUGAUAGGCGAAAAUAAAAAUAAUUUUAAAAUGAGUGGCAGAUUCAUACAUUGUCAUGGAAAUAUCUGAACAAUCGAGGUACAUGAAGCAAGAGCACAAAUUGUUUUGGGAGAAAAAAGUUGAAUAAUUUAGUCUUAUGCAAACACUUUAGUUAAGAAAAUAUAAAUAAACUGCCUUAUUCCAAACAUUUAUUUUCCAAUUUACUCUAUUCUUCCUCAGUACAACUCCCACAAAAUGUACAAAUUCAAACUACUCCUUCGUUGGCCGUGAAUGGCUCUUUGGGGCCCCCUCGCGGUCGCGUGCCCCCAAGCAGGUGCUUGGUCGGCCUACGCCUUGGGUCACCUCCGGUCAAAUUAAGUUCACCUGUAAAGGUCAAAGUGCAUUUUAGGUUCAUCCGGAAAUUUCACGACAAAAUGGAAUAUCCUCGACAUUUUGUGAGCGGCGUGUACGUGUACGAAAUCUCACGCACACUCACGAGGACACGCCAACCCACUAACACACGCACCUCGCGGGACUGAUGAGUGUGCGCGCUCAGGUGCCAGAUGGACAAAAAUCUCACAAAGAAAAUAACGACAGCGGAAGAGAUGCGGGCUUGAAAAAAAAAAAAAAAAAAAAAACAAUGAUAUAUAUAUAUAAAUAUAUAUCAAUAUAAUCAUACCAACCACUGUUCCCUUUAUUCCU